GAUUUCAUCUCAAUUGAAAAACAAAUUACUUAAUCCUUUUGCAUUUAUAAUAAGCGCACAGACAGACUUGAACUUAUCCUUUUAAAGACUUAUUGUUUGCCAGUAUGAAAAGGGUUAAGGAAUCAAAAUAAGGAAAUGUGGGAGGGAAUUUCUACUCUCCUCACUGCUAUUUUUAAUACGUAAGUAGUUUGUAUUACCUCAGUCGUCCAUAACUUUGGAAAAUGAGUGCCGAGGCAGAUAAUUUUUCACAGAUGAUGAAUUCAGACACUGGUAAACACAAAGGGAAACUGCAUUGCAAACGCACUAUCAUAAAUCUAUUAUAUCUCUGAAUGGUAUUGACGAUAGAAACAACACCUUUGUGUGCUGUGUUUUGUGUGCAAGGUGGCAGGGCAUUUAACCCACAUGUCAGUGGUCUAGGAUGGCCAGUGAAGGCUCCAACAUCCCUAGUCCUGUGGUGCGUCAGAUCGAUAAGCAGUUUCUGAUCUGCAGCAUAUGUCUCGACAGAUACAAGAAUCCCAAAGUACUUCCCUGUCUGCACACGUUUUGUGAAAGGUGUUUGCAGAAUUAUAUUCCAGCUCACAGCUUGACGCUAUCUUGUCCUGUGUGCCGCCAGACCUCGAUCCUGCCCGAGAAGGGUGUCUCUGCUCUGCAAAAUAACUUCUUCAUUACCAACCUGAUGGAUGUGCUGCAGAGGAGUCCAGACAAUGCCAUUGAAGAGUCCUCCAUCCUUGAGACAGUAAAUGCUGUUGCUGCAGGAAAACCUUUAUCUUGUCCAAACCAUGAUGGAAAUGUUAUGGAAUUUUACUGCCAGUCAUGCGAGACAGCAAUGUGCCAAGACUGCACAGGAGGGGAACAUGCCGAGCAUCCCACAGUGCCGCUCAAGGACGUGGUGGAACAACAUAAGGCGGCACUGCAGACACAGCUGGAUGCUGUCAAGAAAAGGUUGCCUGAAAUUGAUUCUGCUCUUCAACUUGUAUCUGAAAUAGUAAAUCAGCUAGCCAAUCAGAAAACAAGCAUUGUUGAAGAAAUUCACACAACUUUUGAUGACCUGCAGAAAACACUCAAUGUGCGAAAAAGUGUACUGCUCAUGGAGCUGGAAGUGAACUAUGGCCUGAAACAUAAAGUUCUUCAGACACAGCUUGACACAUUAAUUGAAGGGCAGGACAAUAUUAAAAGUUGCAGCACCUUCACCGCACAAGCCCUGAACCAUGGAACAGAAACGGAGGUUUUGUUAGUAAAGAAACAAAUGAGUGACAAGCUGAGUGAGUUAGCUGAACAGGAUUUCCCACUUCAGCCACAUGAGAAUGAUCAGCUGGACUUCAUAGUGGAAACUGAUGGACUAAAGAAGUCUAUUCACAAUCUUGGAACCAUUUUAACCACAAAUGCUGUGGCUUCAGAAACUGUGGCCACGGGUGAAGGUUUAAGACAGGGUGUGAUUGGUCAGGCAAUGUCUGUCACAAUAACAACAAAAGACAAAGAUGGAGAGCUGUGCAAGUCUGGGAGUGCUUACAUUUCAGCUGAGCUAUUAACACCUGAUGGCAGUGUAACUGAUGGGGAAAUACUGGACAAUAAAAAUGGCACUUAUGAAUUUUUGUAUACUAUUCCAAAAGAAGGUGACUUCACUCUUUCCCUGAGACUUUAUGAUCAACACAUAAAAGGUAGUCCCUUUAAGCUGAAGGUAGUAAAAUCAGCAGAUGUUUCACCAACCACAGAUGGUGUUAAAAGGCGAGUAAAAUCUCCUGGUAGUGGACAUGUCAAACAGAAAGCUGUGAAGAGGCCAGCUAGUAUGUAUAGUACAGGGAAAAGGAAAGAGAACCCUAUUGAGGAUGACUUGAUCUUCAGAGUUGGUACAAAGGGAAGGAAUAAAGGUGAAUUUACAAAUCUUCAGGGAGUAGCUGCAUCUAUGAAUGGAAAAAUACUAAUUGCAGAUAGCAAUAACCAAUGUGUUCAGAUAUUUUCUAAUGAUGGACAGUUCAAAAGCCGAUUUGGUAUUCGAGGAAGAUCGCCAGGUCAGCUGCAGAGACCCACAGGUGUAGCUGUGCAUCCGAGUGGUGACAUCAUCAUUGCAGAUUAUGACAAUAAGUGGGUGAGCAUCUUCUCGUCAGAUGGUAAAUUUAAGACCAAAAUUGGAUCUGGGAAGCUCAUGGGGCCUAAAGGUGUUUCAGUUGAUCGCAAUGGUCACAUCAUUGUAGUGGACAACAAAGCGUGUUGCGUCUUCAUCUUCCAACCAAAUGGCAAAAUAGUAACUAGGUUCGGUAGUCGAGGAAACGGGGACAAGCAAUUUGCAGGUCCACAUUUUGCAGCUGUUAACACCAACAAUGAAAUAAUUGUUACUGACUUCCAUAACCAUUCAGUCAAGGUAUUUAACCAAGAUGGAGAGUUCAUAUUGAAGUUUGGCUCAAAUGGAGAAGGAAAUGGACAGUUUAAUGCUCCAACUGGUGUUGCAGUUGAUUCCAAUGGAAAUAUAAUUGUAGCUGAUUGGGGAAAUAGCAGAAUACAGGUUUUUGAUGGAAGUGGAUCAUUUUUAUCCUACAUCAAUACUUCUGCUGACCCUCUUUAUGGGCCUCAGGGACUGGCGCUGACUUCAGAUGGCCAUGUUGUUGUUGCGGACUCUGGAAACCAUUGCUUCAAAGUUUAUCGAUACUUACAAUAACUGAAAGGCCACAUAUUUGUGGAUUCACUGCACUGGAUAUGAACUAAAAGGCACUUCAAGAAUGAUGGAUGGAAAUGCCACACACUUUAUCAGAAGUGAUCUCAAAAAUAACAUAUAUUUAAUUUCUGUCCAAUCAUGUUUACUUUAGGCGAUGACUGAAAUGUUUCAUCACAGUGGAUGUAAAAUACUUUUUUUUUCUCACUAAACUGAGGACAGUGUUAACAUGUUAGAGGGAAAAUUAAUAAUUACAUGUAAAUGAGUCAUCAUGUGCACUUAGGUCUUAGACCUUUUAAAAUAUUUACUCAUGGAAUGGUUGCUCCAUUUUUGGGCUUCCUCUUAAUAUAGAACCUUCUGUCAUACAUUAUUUCCCCAGCUCUGAACUAGACGUCUUCUGUGCAUUCUGGUAGGUAUUGUGUUAACAAAAUAAUAUAUACAUAUAUAUGAUCUUUAAGAACUAAUGUAACUUAGGUUCAAUUGGUGUGUUCAUUGCAAAAUCUUAGAUGCUAUUGAAUUCAUGUUUGUAAACAUCACAUGAGUCUAAACAGCCAUGUACAGUCCAUGUUUUUUAUAUAUAUAUUUUCUGUUAUAUUGUUAUACAGAACAUAACAGGUACAUAAAUUUCAUGUCCCACUUUUUUUUUUUUUUUACAAGCUAGAACAUUCUUAUACCAGAAUUGUAGUAAUAUUCUUUAUUUAUUUAUGAUUUAAUUCCGCAUUAUUUGUAAACCAAUUGAUGUGGGCAAGAGUAUAAACAUUUUAGGAAUAUAAUGCAUGGUCUCUCCAUAAUGAAAAGCAUCUUUAAAUAGCAAUGUCAUAGCGUUGUUGUUUCCAUUUGGCAGAAAGACAAUAAGUGUGGCCUUGUAUUGGAAGAAUAGCCAUAUGAAAGUUGAUUUGGGCCUACCUAUUUGAACCUCUUAACAAUUGUCAUACAUUGUAUGGUAUUUUCGGUAAUAUUCUUUGUUUAAAAAAAAAAAAUCUUCAACAAGACACUGCAUAUUAGAGCAGUCCUACACAAUUUCUUGAUCUGUAUCACCUUGCCUUAUAUCACAAUGUUAGGUGAAUUAAUCAGAAUUAAAUUAAACUUAAUAAGAAAAUAAAAACUAAUGUUUUCUACACUGUUUCUGACUAAAAUAGACUAAGCUGACAUUUUGAUAGACAUCUUAAAUUUUGCCUGAAAACACACACAAUAUUUUGAGAAAUUAGCAACAUAAAAUGCUGGGAUUCAAAUUUGAUUGAAAUUAUAUAUAUAUAUAUUAUUGAGUAUAAAAUAAGUGAUUUAUACUCCAAUUCUAAAUUUCCAUUCUCAUGAAUGAGUUUUGAGAAAUAUAAUUAAAAAACAAACAAACAAUAAACAACAAUUCUUGUAAUUGGUUGAACUAGUAUAGGGGUUUGUAACAUAGCUGCACUUUACAAUUUUCUAAAUUUACCAGUUUUUUUGCUACAUGGACAUUUGAUUUUUAUGGUGUUUACUUAAUGCUCCAUACAUUGUUUCAUGUGGUUUACGGCUAACCUUCCCUUGGAUGUACGGUAAAUAGUUGAUACCAAAACCGAUUUAAAAUGAUAAAAAGGCAAACUGACAAAAUACUAAAACAAGUUCUAUGAUAUAGGGGGUCUCUGUGGUACAGUUAUCUUAGAAAACAUGCCAGAAAUGUUCUGGAUGUAAUGGCAUUUGUCUAACUGCUUAGUUCUGCCUGCACCGAACAUUGUUAGUGACUGGCUUAUACAUUUACUUGAAAAAAUGUUGCUGACAAAAUGUUGGACAGUGAUUUCAUUAUGUAAUGGUUACCUUCUAAUCCCCACUUUUAACAAAAGUUUCUACUGGGCUGCCUCUUUAGAUCCCAUUCCCCUGGUAGCAUCUGGCCUGAUAUUUCUAUUGUAGUAGCUUCAUGGUGUUUAAAAAAAUAAAUCACACCUAGAACUUGACAAAACGAACAAAACAAAUCUUUAAAUGUAUUAUUGUUUUAUGCAGUAAUACCAACUACCCUCUACCAUUACUAAAUGCAUUCCUGUAUGUUCUCUUGACACUAACUAUAAAAUUACUCUCCAAGGCUGUUUGUGACUGAUUGUUUGUGUAUGUGAACAAUUUGGGUAUUGUUUGUUCCUAAACCUGCUUUUUUGGACUACCAAUGUUCAAGUUUGUUGUUCCUUCUGUGUAUGAGAAUACAGUAUGUGAAAAUGAAGAAUUUAUAGCAUCAAAUGAAAUAAAAUCAAUAUUUAUAGAGGAUGUGACACACAACAUGCUAAUUUUUUUCAUCUAAUAAAUUAACUCCUCUAAUAGAGUCUAUGCAGUGUACUAGUUAACAUAUUAUAUGUGUAAAUUAUAUUUAGUAUUUGCAUAAAGUCACAGAACACUAAAAAGCCCAUCAUUUUUUUUAUUUAUUUUUUGGUAAUCCAGAAAUUAGGCGAUGAAAACUCAACAAACACAUUGGGCUAGAGUCUAUCCCAGUAAAACAAUGUUAUGUGUACGUAACCUUCAGUUGCCAAACCAUAUAGCUGCAGUAAUAGUCUCUCACCUCUGACUUUUAAAAUGGUAAAAUGUAUUUUUUUUUUUAAUAGGCAUUGUUACUUUUUCCCAUCACACCCAGCAUACAGGUUAUCAGUUAUAUAAGUUAUCAAUAAGAUGGUAAACAAAUGAGAAGUACUUUCUUUCCAAUGGCAUGGAGAGUCCACAAAUCCAUUCUAAUUACUAGUGGAAUUCAACUCCGGGCCACCAGGAGGAGGCAAAGAACACCCCAGCAGAGCUGUUAAUUAUCACUCCUACUUUCUAUAAGCCCCCAGUCAUUCUUUGCCUUGUACAUCGGGAGGAUGUGCGAAGAUGGUGUCUGAAGAUAUUAAUCCUUUAAUGGGUAAUUUUCCUUGCAAGCAAGGAUUGGGGCUAUGCUGUGUCCAUGCAAUCCUCUUUAGUAAGUGUAAUGGUGGCUUUUAGCAGUUAGAAGAUGGCAAGGUAGUCUUUGCUUACCUUCUAACACGUAUGCUACCCCUCUAUUGAAAAUCAGGGUUGGUUACUCUGCUUUUCUUUUUCUACAGGUCCCUGUCAAAGGUCGGCUGAGUCUGUCAUACCUGAGAAGCUAUUCCUGCCCUACAGAUUCCACAGGUGCUUUUCCUUCUAGGUUAGAAGGAACCAGCAUUGUUGGGGUUAAUUCCCAUGUGGAUUUUCAUGGGACAUUAUAUUAUCUCUUUAUGAGACAUAUAGGGCAUAUCUGCAAGGGCACUGCAUCUGCUUAAGGGGAUGAUGUAACGUGAUAGGUUACCUUCUUGAGGCUGGCAAUGUGAGGAUUAUGACAACUGGGGCAUGUUAAGGAGUUUUCAUGUUCUAGCUAUAUUUGUUCUCUCCUAAUCUUGGGGAUACUUUGUGUAACAAGGAAUAAACGUUGCACCUAGAGGAUCGUAUUUUAUUUAUUUUUUAAUGGUAAUGGCUGAGCGCAACAUAAUCAUGCGCUUUUUCUUCCUGUGGUGCAGUUAGUUUUUUUAAUUACUGCGGUCACGUGACGGACAUCUGCGAUUCCGUUUUUUGGCUUUCACUAUCAGCCGAGUGAAGAUCAGAGUCUUUUGAGGGCUUGUCUCGGUAUUAGUGUGAUCCGGAUCUGUGGAUCAGGGCUUGAUGAGAGUCUUGUAUUUCUCCUGUAGCUUGCGGGACAUAUUCUGCUGGUCUUCAGAGCGAUAAGUCCUCAGCAUUGCUGAAGUAUAGAGGUGCCAGUGUGUAAUAUCGUAGCUAUCCCUGGGGAGGGAGGCUCAAUUUAUGUCUAAUUGCUAAUAAUAGUAUAUCAAAAAGUAUCUUAUUCUGAUAUUAGAAAAUAUUUUUCUAAGAGAUCUGUUAUAACUUGCUGAAUCUGUUAUUUACUCUUGGGACCAAUUCCUUUUGACAAGUGUCUAUAUUGCUUGAAGGCUCCAAUUAUUCCUCUUGUGCAGUUUUGCUCCUCCUGUUUAAACAAUAUGCUUUUGUCUAAAAGUAAAAAAUUACCUCUCAGAGCCAUCUGUCUCUCAGGAUAAUGUUGUCCGUACCAUGCCUCAGCUUUCCCCUCAAAUCUCCCAAGCUUUAGCAGUUUCACAUGCAGUGCUCUGCAGUUCCUAAAGUUCCUGGGGGUGUUUAUUUACCAGAAGAUUUUGCUGCACAAAUAACUUUUGUGGUUUCUGCAGCCUUAUCAGCCUUUUCUAUUGCUGGUAAGAGAAAGAGGAAAUCUAAGAAUAUAUCUCAUACAAAGAGUUCUGACUCCGCUAAGUCUGCGUUAGUCAGCCUCUCUGUUAUCUGAGGAGGAUCAUUCCCAAGUGGCUUCUGAGGGUGAGAUUUCAGACUCUGAGACUGCUGUUGCUAGUACAAGCUGGAACACCUCAGUUUACUCUUGAAGGAGGUCCUAGCUACUUUGGAGGACUCCAACUCUACUGCCGCUGAGACUCCUAAGAAGUGUUUGAUGUCAUACCUUCAUCUGUAGAGGUAUUCUGUCCCAGACCAUAUGUCGGACAUUAUAGCUCAGGAAUGGAAGAAGCCGGGGAUCCCUUUUUCCCCGUCCCCUGUUUUUAAGAAAAUGUUUCCUGUUGCUGACUCUGUGCGUAACUCAUGGUGCACCGUACCUAAGGUAGAGGGCGCUAUUUCCACUCUAGCCAAGAGAACAACUAUCCCCCUUGAGGAUAAUUCCUCUUUCAAGGGCCCUAUGGAUAAGAAACUGGAAGCUUACUUAAGAAAGUAAGAUGUAUAUUCAUCAGGGUUUACAAUGGCAACCAGUUGCAAGUAUUACUACGGUUGCAGGUGCAACCUCUUAUUGGUAUGACUCCUUGUCUGACCUAAUUUCAGAGGAGACUAAUAUAGAGGAGAUCCAGGAUAGGAUCAAAGCCUUUAAACUGGCUAAUACUUUUAUAUAUGAUGACAGCAUGCAAGUUGUUAGGCUGGUAUUCAACAUUUCUAGCUUUGCGGUUCUAGCUUGCAGAGCUCUGUGGCUAAAAUCUUGGUCUGUGGAUGUAACAUCCAAGUCCAAACUUCUGUCUUUACCUUUUAAGGGCAAGACUUAAUUUGGUCCUGGUCUGGCCAAGAUAAUUUCCGAAGUUACUGGUGGAAAGGGAUCUUUUCUACCUCAAGACAAGAAGGCUAGACCUAAGGGUUGCCAGAAUUAUAAUUUUCAUUCCUCUCGCAAAUUCAAAGGACAAAAGUCUUCCUCCUCUUCUUCCAAGCCAGAGCAAUCCAGGACUUCAUGGAGGUCCAGUCAACCUUGGAAUAAGGGGAACAAUCCAAGAAACCUUCCUCUGAGUCUGUCAGCAUGAAGGGGCCGCCCCAGAUCCAGUCUUGGAUCAGGUAGGGGGCAGGCUUUCCUUCUUUUGGCAGGCUUGGAUCCGCGAUGUCCUAGACCCUUGGCCGGUGGAAGUGGAAUCCCUGGGAUACAGGAUAGGGUUCAAGUCCUGUCCCUCCAGGGGCAGAUUCAUCCUGUCAAGGUUAUCUGCAAACUAGGUGAAGAGAGAGGCCUUCUCAAACUGCGUAAAGGACCUAUCUUCUCUGGGAGUCAUUGUCCCAGUUCCUGUGGUGGAAUAGGAAACUUUUUUGUGGUUCCCAAAAAGGAGGGAACUUUCCGUCCAAUAUUGGACCUCAAGUGUCUCAACAAAUUUCUCAAGGUUCUGUCCUUCAAAAUGAAGACUAUACGUUCCAAUCUACCCUUGGUUCAGGAGGGUCAGUUUAUGACUACCAUAGACCUGAAGGAUGUGUAUCAUCAUGUUCCUAUUCACAGGGAACAUCACCAAUUCCUGCGGUUUGCCUUUCUAGACAAACACUUUCAAUAUGUUGCCCUUCCCUUCGGCCUUGCCACGGCUCUUCCAGAUCUUAUCUCAGGGGAUAGAUGUGGUGCCAUACCUGGAUGACAUCUUGGUUCAGACACCAUCUUUUCAUUUAGCAAAAUCCCACACAAAAUCUCUGUUGUCUAUUCUUCGUUCCCACGGGUGGAAAGUAAAUCUGGAAAAGAGUUCCCUGGUGCCAGACUCCAGGGUAUGCUUUUUGGGGACGAUCAUAGACUCUCUGUCCAUGAAGAUUUUCCUGACGGAUGUCAGUAAAUCCAAAAUUCUUGCUUCUUGUCUUUCACUUCAGUUCUCUAUCCGUACAUCAGUGGCUCAGUGUAUGGAAGUAAUUGAUCUAAUGACUGCUUCCAUUAACAUUAUUCCUUUUGCUCAUUUCCAUCUGAGACCUCUACAGUUAUACAUGCUCAGACAAUGGAACAGAGACCACUCUGAUCUCUCUGACAAUAGUUCUAGACCCCCUAACGAGAGAAUCUCUAUCCUGGUGGAUUUCUCAGGACCAUCUGUCUCAAGGAACAUGCUUUCUGAGACCAUCCUGGGUGAUUUUGACUACAGACGCCAACCUGUCGGGCUGGGGAAGCAGUUUGGGGUUCUUUAAAGGCUCCGGGUCUUUGGACUUAAGAAGAGUCUUCUCUCCCAAUAAAUAUUCUAGAGUUGAGAGCAAUCUUCAAUGCCCUAACAGCUUGGCCUUAAUUGCGUUUGGUACGGUUUAUCAGGUUCCAGUCAGAUAACAUCACCAUUGGUGGCAUAUAUCAACCAUCCAGGGAGGAACUCCAAGUUCCUUAGCUAUGAAGGUGGUGACUUGCAUACUCCAGUGGGUGGAGUCUCACAAUUGUCUUCUCUCUACCAUCCACAUCCCAGGGGUGGACAACUGGGAAGCGGAUUUUCUGAGCAGGCAGAGUUUUCAUCCCGGGGAGUGGUCUCUCUAUCUGGAGGUAUUCACAAUGAUAACCCUCAUGUGGGGGGUUCCGGAGUUGGAUCUGAUGGUGUCUCGUCUAAACGCUAAGCUUCCAAGGUACAGGUCAAGAUCAAGAGAUCCACAAGCAGCUCUGAUCGACGCUCUGGCGGUUCCUUGGUCUUGCGUACCUUUUUUCUCCGUUUGCUCUCAUUCCUCGAGUUAUACUCGUAUCAAACAGGAGAGGGUGUCGGUUAUUCUAAUACCUCCUGCCUGGCCUUGCAGGAUCUGGUUUGCGGAUCUGGUAAAGAUGUCAUCUCAUCCCCUUUGGAGGUUGCCUUUGAGGAAGGACCUUCUACUUCAGAGUCCCUUCCUCCACCUAAAUCUAGUUUAUCUGAAGCUGACUGCUUGGAGAUUGAAUGCCUAGUCUUAGCUAGGCGUGGUUUUUCUGAGAAGGCCAUUAAUACCAUGCUUCAGGCUCGUAAAACUGUUACUCGCAAGAUUUACCAUAAGGUAUGGCCUAAAUACCUUUUAUUGGUGCGAAUCGAAGGGUUUCUAUUGGAGUCGGGUGAGGGUUCCCCGCAUUUUGUCUUUUCUUCAGGAUGGCCUGGAGAAAGGUUUGUCAGUCAGUACUCUGAAAGGUCAGAUCUCUGCACUGUCUAUUCUUUUACACAAACAUCUGGCAGAUCUGUUAGAUGUUCAAUCUUUUGUGCAGGCCUUGGGCAGAAUCAGGCCUGUGUUUAAACCUGUUGCUCCUCCUUGGAGCCUUAAUCUUGUUCUUAAAGUUCUGCAGCAGGCUCCAUUUGAGCCUAUACAUGCAGUUGAUAUUAAGUUGUUACCUUGGGAAUUUUUGUUUCUCCUUGCUAUUUUUUCUGCUUGCAGAGUUUCCAAGCUUUUGGCUCUACAGUGUGAAUUCCCCUUACCUUAUUUUUCAUGCGAGUAAGGCCGGCCUUGGUACUACGUUGGGAUUUCUUCCCAAGGUAGUUUCGGAUCGUAAUAUCAAUCAGGAAAUUGUUGUUCCUUCGUUUUGUCCUAAUCCUUCUUCUCAGAAGGAAUGCCUUUUGCAUAACCUGGAUGUUGUGCGUGCUCUAAAAUUUUACCUUCAAGCAACUAAAGAUUUUCGGCAAUCUACUGCCCUGUUCGUUGUUUUCUUUGGUAAGCGUAAGGGUCAGAAGGCCACUUCUACUGCUCUUUCUCUCUGGUUGAGAACUGUUAUCCGGUUAGCUGGUCAACAGCUUCCUGAGAGAAUUACGGUUUAUUCCACUAGGGCAGUCUCCUCCUCCUGGGCCAGCAAAAAUGAAGUUUCUGUAAAACAAAUCGGCAAGGCGGCCACUUGGUCCUCAUUUCAUACCUUUUCCAAAUUCUACAAAUUUGAUACUUUUGCCUCGGCUGAGGCUUCUUUUGGGAGGAAAGUUCUUCAAGCGGUGGUGCCUUCUGUUUAGGUCCACCUGUCUUGUUCUCCCUCCCUUCCAUUCUGUGUCCUCUAGCUUGGGUAUUGGUUCCCACUAGUAAUUAGAAUGGAUUCAUGGACUCUCCAUGCCAUUGGAAAGAAAAUCAAAUGUAUGCUUACCUGAUAAAUUAUUUUCUAUCCUGGCAUGGAGAGUCCACGACCUGCCUUUAAUUUGAGUUGACAGCUUUUUUUUGUAUAAACCUCAGGCACCUCUAUACCCUAGUGUCAUCAUCUUUCCAUAUUCCUUUGGCUGAAUGACUGUUGGCUUAUGAGAAGUAGGAGUGAUACUCAACAGCUCUGCUGGGGUGUUCUUUGCCUCCUCCUUGUAUUAUAAAUAUGAAUUUCACAGCACUUUUUGUAAGUGCAUUGCAGUUUCAUUAUGAUUUCUGCUGUGCAGUAUAGUUUUUUUGUCCUACGUAAUUUUCAUUUUUUACAUAAAAUACAAAUUUGCAGAACAAAUUCAUUACAAUUUUAAUGCAAUUAAACUGCAAUUUUUUACUGCUUAUUUGUAUUUUAAUAUAUUUUUUUUAUAUCCAAUUUUUAAAUUACGAUUUCUGUGAGACCUACUGUACAGUAUAUAUCGCCUUCACAUACUUAAAUGCAGGGAACACUCCUUUGUAAGACGCACUGUUCUCAAAGUAAAAAACUGUCUUUAGAGAAUUAAAACAAGAACUUCAUUGUACUGGUGAGAUUUUCUAAUGGGAACUCACAAGCUCAGAGAGCGUUAGAAAUACCUGGGCCCUAAGAAACUACCCUUUAUGUUAGACAUUGAUGCAGCCCUGUGAAUUUGUAUACUUUACCACCGUGCUAGUGAAAUGGUUCACUGAUGGGUGAAAUUUUUCUGACCCUAUUAAUAAGAUUAAAGGAACAUGAACGUGAUUGCUUAAUACAUCACGUCCAUGCAAUAUUGUCCAGUUUUCAGUGUUGAGGUGCCAGUCUAGUCACAUUUCUUUUUUUAUAUAAGACUUGAGCCUUUCUCACCAAUGGAAACAUGCUCUCAAUGAGUUUCAAGAUACUCAGUAGAAUAUUAGAGUACACAAUCCUAUUAAUACAUAAUAUAGCCACUGAUAGAAUGUCCCAGCAAGCCUUGCCAAGCGAAAAAAGGGACAUUAAGUUUAAUAUUUUACUCCUCCUUAUAAUGUUUAAUAAUGCACAAUAACAAAAAGCAGUGCACAUAAAUUAUUUGUUCUUGUUUUUUCAGUAAAACUUACCCAGACAGGCUGGAUUGCAUUCAGUGGAAUGCAGAAUCCUGACCCUCCUACAUGCUGCAAUGCGAUUGACCACAGCAAAAGAAGUAAAAUCAACAACAUGUGAAAUGCUUUUAAAACCUUUUAUUUUGCAUGUAGUUAUUUUGUACUGCAGGCAAUAACUUCUGAUGCAUAAAUAAACUGACUUUAAUAUCCCUUUAAGUUCUGGUGGGUGGUGGCAGACAAGCAGCUUUAAAAGAAGUAAGAUUUUGUCUGUUUAAAUCAUUCAAAAGUUAAAAAUGAUACAUUUCUAGGCAGUACUGUAAGAUGAUUUAAUGUAACAUACACUAAAAAGUGUCUUCAUUUAUUGCUUUAUUUUCAUACCCAUAAAAAUGGUUUAUAUAUUCAAGCUGAUACAUUAUAUCCCAAAUUAUAACUCGCCAUAAAUAAUGUUUAUUACAAAAUUGCCAUAUGCACUUUUACUAAUACAAAGGAAUACAUUUUUUUUCUAAUAAUUUUGAUGCCAGAUUCAAGUCAGUAGAAGAACAAUGGAAGUUAUUCUAUUAUCCUUGAAGUUGACAUAAAAACCUCUACAUUGUCAUUGCAUAUGUUGUUUUGUUUUUGUGAAUAGUGCAGAAAACACUGCUGCCUAAAAAAAAGUGCAAGCUCCCAUGCAUUACCCCAAUAUCAACUCUGGGUAGGGUAAACUGCAAGCAUGCGCUUAGCUGGUGUAGAAGGUUAUAUGAGUAAUGCACAAGAGCAUGUUUUUUUGGUUGGCAGUGGGAAAUUGUCAAAGGCAGAUGUGAUUUUUGACACUUACCAGAGGACCAACUUGGGAAUGGGUAAAAACCUUUUUAAGACAUAAAAAGGCAAUUGCUAUACAGAAAUUGCAAUGUAGGAACGUUUUAUGUUCUUUUUAGAUAAUUAAACUGUAUUAGGUUUUUAUGAAGCUAAGUUUUUGUAUGGAAUAUUUGCUAUUGCAUCUUUUACCUAGGAUAACUGUUUGGUUCCAUAUUUUAAAGGAAGCGCAUCGAUUAUAGGAAAUACUAAUAAUUUCUUUUUGAUGUUGAAGCUACAUAUUUUAAUAUAAUUAUAUCACUUGUUAUUUUAGCUAGAUUUUACUUAGCUACCUUUUUUUAACUUGCCAAAGAAGUCAUCAAAAUGUAUUAGUUUCAUUCAUGGCCUACAUAUGGCAUUGUUUUUUAAGAAUGAAGAACAAUUUUGUUGGAAGUUUUGCGCAUACUAGUAUUAUUGCUUGAAAUUGUUCCGAAGCUAAACGGUCAUUAAAAAACAAACAAUGGCCACAUCAAUCAUACUGCCAUAUAAUAGUCUAAGUGUCCAUUAAAUUUAAAUAUAUAUAUAAAAAAUUAUUUUAUUUUUUAUUUAAAAUAUGGUUUGUAUUGUUUUGUCCUUUUUUUUUUGUGAAUGAACAGAGAUCAUGUAAUUAAUAUACAGUGCAGAAACUGUAUGUCCCACAUAAGCAUUUGAGCAACAUACAGAUUGUCCAUGCUGUGUAUUUGAAUGUAAAGGGAUUUUUUAAAAUAAGUUUUGAAAGCAACAGAGCCUUAACCCCAAAGUUUUUACAUCAAUUCAUAGGAACCUCCCCCUGCUUCAGAGUAGAACUCACUGUGCUAUAAAUCCAUCUUCAUGACCUGCACUGUAUGUAUACUUUCAUUGCUAAAGGUGAUUGUCUUUAUUGAAUUGUUACAUUCCAUGUUUAUACAGCUGUUUUAGGUGUUAUGUACUGAGAAGACAUUAAAUAAAGUUGCACACUUGCUGAAAA